UUCUUCUUUUCCUUUCUUCUUAUCGUCCUUAACGCUUCGAACUUCAACGUACUACGUUUCUUCCGUAGCCGUCGAUAUUACCGAUAUUAUUAAGUAUAUUUAUUUAAUGUGCUAUGCUCGAGCAUAAAUAUUCCAGAUUUUAUCGGCUCUCGCGAAAAAUAUUUUGAUAGCGUAUUCGUUACAAAACGAAAAAAACUACAAUGUUCUAAGCUAGUCCUUAUCUUCCUAGUGAUAAUAGAUGUAUUGAAGCGAACGAACAAAAGUUCUACAAAUAGAUGAUAUAUUAGAAUAAGUAUGCGUGCAUGUUUGCGCAUAUGUGUGUGUGUGUGUGUGUGUGUGUAAGAGAGAGAGAGAGAGAGACAGAGAGAUAUAUGCCUUAUAUCUGUUUUCAUGUAUUCGUAAAAGUUUGAAAUUGUAUAGGAAUUUUAUACGAUGCUACCAAUCAUAUAUUUUAAUAAUUGCUGUAAUAUCUUUUGUAAAUAAUCGUCCCGCUCGCAAUUUUAUCAGGCAAAACUAGAAAUACUCGAGUAAAUAAUACAUCGUCGACAAAAACGUUUGUAUGUACAUACGUACAGGUGAAUGAAUGCAUAAAUAAUUACAAUUGCAGUAUAGAAUAACAACCGCACGAUUGAUCCGAUCGGCGAACAUGUUAACUUUCGAUGUACCAUAUGAAAACUAGGAUGCCUCGUCGAAUACGAUAGUACAAGAUACACGGUGAACAGGAAAAUUAAUAUUAUAAGGUGCUCGAUUAGCAUCUUACGAUAGUAGUAUUAUUAAUCGUUAAGAGAAUCUUAAUAAAAACGAGAAAUCAUAUGGUGCCAGUUAAACGAACACGAUAAUCAAAAUAUACCUGCAGUAAAUAUUUGUACGUGUUUGUACAUUGUCAUUUUCAUUAUUAUCACCGAUAUAGUCAUCGCUUUCGUUUUCGUCAUUUUCCUGGUUUCAUCGAACAUAGCUAUCGAAUUGUUCACAAAAAAAAGAACGAUAGACAAUAAACGGAAUUAUAUCCAGCGAUUGUGACAUUUUAUUGCUUUUUUAUUUUCAAAUCAGAAAUUUUAUAUAACGUAUUAUAACUUGAGCAUAGUCAGCGCGCACGAUAUAGUGAACACAAGGAAGAAUUAAAUGCGUUAAUUUUGUAGUACGCAAGUAUGCUGUCACCUACCUCGAGCAAUGAAAAUUACCAAGGUAUGCUAGAAAGUGAAAUGAAACUUCUGUUCCCAGAAAUCGUUGAUGAGAAAAUAAGAACUCUCGAAUUUUUAUCCGCGGCACGUGGCAUUGUACGUAUCAUAGAUAAACUCGGCAAAGUUUUUGCUCCUGUUAAACAUGAUAUUCAGGGUAACAUUGACAAACUCGCUAAAAGACACGCAAUGGACAAAAAAAAAAAUACGACUCUACAGGACAUGAUUUUAAUCGAGAAAGCUACCGAAGUCAAUUUAAUUGCUACGGAUGCUUUAAUGUGGUUGACCCGAGGAUUACACAUGUUAUUAUUAUUUUUUGAAAGUAUCGUUGAAGAUACUAAAACAGGCACACCAACGGAAGAUUUAGUAGCAUUUCUGAAAAAGGCUUACAAAGAAGCCUUAGAACCGUAUCACGGAUGGAUGGCACAACAACUUUUUGACUUACUUUCGCGUAUGGUACCUACGCGUUCGCAACUCUUACGAGCACUUACCAAUGAACAAGAUGAUACGCAUGGUAUUCUCAUUAAUGACAUGGAAAUCUACUUGAGGAAUUUGCGACAUAAUGUAACAGCGAUACAGUUAUUUUAUAAAAUUCAUAAUCUUGAAAAUAUACCAUAGAAUAUACUAGUAGUUAGCUUUGUUGUAGAUACACGCUUAAAUUAUUUACUACUAAAGUAUGUUUCGUCAGAAAUAUGCAUUAACAUAAAACUAGGAUAAAUAUCAUUUUUGACAGAUAUAAAACGCUUUCGAUUAUUAUAUUAUAUAAAACUUACAAUGUCGGCAAUAGUUUAAAUGGUCUUAAACUAAAAUAAAGUUCAAAUGAUAAGGA